UCGAAGGGUGAUCGGGACCUGAGCUUUCGGCGGGGCGGACGGGUUGGAGUAUGAGGGCUCGCGGGCGCCCCCCAGUGGCUGCGGGCCGCGCUCGCUGCGUUCUCUCAGGGAGCAAGGAUCUCUGAGAGGCGCACGAUGCUGGCGGCGCUGGCGAGGGUCGCGGCUCUGCGGAGAACCGGCCUUCUCUGCCGGGACUGCGGGAAGGGGCUGUGGACCGGCCGGCUGCAGUCAGAUACUGAAAAUAUGAAGCCAUUGGAGGGUGUAAAAAUUCUUGAUCUAACAAGAGUACUGGCAGGACCUUUUGCAACUAUGAAUUUAGGAGAUCUUGGAGCAGAAGUUAUAAAAGUGGAAAGACCAGGAGCUGGUGAUGAUACACGAACUUGGGGGCCACCUUUUGUGGGGACAGAAAGUACUUAUUUUCUCAGUGUUAACCGAAACAAAAAAAGCAUAGCUGUUAAUAUCAAGGAUCCAAAAGGGGUGAAAAUCAUCAAAGAGCUUGCAGCUGUUUCUGAUGUAUUUGUGGAAAACUAUGUGCCUGGCAAACUGUCCACAAUGGGUCUGGGAUAUGAAGAUAUAGACAAGAUUGCUCCCCACAUCGUCUAUUGUUCCAUCACAGGGUAUGGUCAGACAGGCCCACUGUCUCGGCGAGCUGGUUAUGACGCUGUUGCCUGUGCUGUUUCUGGUCUGAUGCACAUCACAGGGCCUGAGGAUGGAGAUCCAGUUCGUCCCGGAGUAGCCAUGACUGAUCUUGCCACUGGCCUUUAUGCUUACGGAGCCAUUAUGGCUGGACUGAUACAAAGAUACAAAACCGGAAAAGGACUCUUCAUUGAUUGUAACCUAUUGUCAUCUCAGGUGGCAUGUUUGAGCCAGGUAGCUGCUAAUUAUCUUAUUGGACAAAAAGAAGCAAAACGUUGGGGCACAGCUCAUGGCAGUAUUGUUCCUUACCAGGCUUUUAAAACCAAGGAUGGCUAUCUUGUAGUUGGAGCAGGAAAUAACCAACAGUUUGCUACUGUGUGCAAGAUCUUGAAUUUGCCUGAACUGACUGAUGAUUCCAAAUAUAAAACUAACCACCUUCGGGUUCAGAAUAGAAAGGAGCUUAUUAAAAUACUAUCUGAACGGUUUGAAGAAGAGAUGACUAGUAAGUGGUUACACCUCUUUGAAGGAAGUGGAGUUGCAUAUGGUCCAAUCAACAACAUGAAGAAUGUAUUUGCAGAACCCCAGGUGUUGCACAAUGGCCUCAUUAUGGAGAUGAAACAUCCGACUGUGGGGAAGAUAUCAGUCCCAGGCCCAGCUGUGAGAUACAGUAAGUUCAAGAUGUCAGAGGCCAGGCCGCCUCCCUUGCUUGGGCAGCACACAACGCACAUCCUGAGGGAGGUCCUCAGAUAUGAUGACAGGGCCAUCGAAGAGCUGCGCAGCGCUGGAGUGGUGACCCAACAUGAAGCGGAAUGACAGUCUAAAUGCACUUUGCUAGCAAAAGCAGUAGUCUUUCUGGACACUUCUUUCCAAUUCUGGUGCCUGCCAAUGAAAAGAAGAGCUUGCAUAAUUUUAGAUUUCCUGCCUGGCAUCUCCAGAAUGGCUCUGAUAUUAGUGAAUCUAGUGCUUUCUAAAUGCAUCCCACCUUUUAUUCUUUACCAUUCCCCCACCCUCCCUGAUAAUAGAUUACUGUGGAUUUGUGGGAUUUUUCUUUCUGAUGAAGUUUUUUUUUUCUGGAAAAAUACAUUCCUCAUUCUAAUUACAUUAAUAGCCUAAAUGUUUGCCCCUCCUGCCCAUGCAGGUCUGAAAAAGAGCAGAGCUCCCUGGGUUCUAUACUUGCACGUGAAGUCCUCAUUUAAACUUUGUUAGGAAGUCAAAGCAAGAAGCAGAAUGACAAUCUCAGUGAUUGAUUUUAAACAGAAUAACUUAAUUUUGAGCUCAUGAGCGCUUUGUUAAUCUCUAAUUUAAACCAUGGAUUUUGCUGAUGUCCAUUAUAAAACUGAGCUCCAUUCUCCCUAUAGGGAGUAAAUAUUUGCUUUUUUGUUGUAUUUCUGAUUAUGGCAUGCUACAUGGCAGAAAAUAAAUUUCCACCAAGUGCAUUUUGGGGUGUGGGUAUCUAUCUGCAUUAGGUGUUGAUAAGUAAUUCUUUAAUUAAUAUUUUGAGCCUAGUGCAACGCAAUAGGUUUCUAAAUGAUACGUCUGUCAGAUGAUACUCUAGAUAUUGAGUAAUGUAUAAAUAAUGACAAAUAGGAGAAUGAAAGGAAACAUUUCUUUGUAAUCUGAGUAUCCACUGUAGAAGAAUAUAGCAUGCCUUAGUAUUAAGUAUUUUCAUUUAAGUGUUUGCUUGAAUUUGAAGUAUAGAAAACGUGUUCUGUCCAGAAAGUAGUGACUGAUUUUAUAUGUUCCUGGAUAAAUUGUGGCUCAGACUGCUAAUCAUCCAAGCCCAUGUAGAGACCAAGGAAUUAGAUGACCCCAUGCUCAAUAUCCUGAUAUGAUCCUAAUUCAUGGCCAUUCGGUGCACACAUUUCAGAGCACAUCACUAUAUACCAAGUGGUAACUGAAAGUUAAAUUACAGAGGUUCAUCUUGCAAACUGUGACUUAGAGCUAGUUUUAUUUUUGAGUUUUAUUUUAUGGGAAUGAUUUGAACCAUUUAUCCAUGCUGUAAAUCCCAAUAUGUUUCCAGAAUCAAGAAUUCCAAAUAAAUAGAAAAUUCGUCUCCUCA